CUUCGAAGUUUCUGUUCGCAAAUAUUUAGUUUUUUCUAUUAUUAUAGAGUUUACAGUUGAGUUUGUGUUACAUUGUAUUACAAAAUUGAAACUGAGUUUUGAAUAAUAUUAGUUUGUUAAGAGGAAGUUUGUGUUAAAUGUUUAUCUCAUACACCAACCUAACUUUUAGUAUUCUAAUCCCUUUCUAUCUAGUAUACGUCACUUUCAGCAAUGUACACACGCAUCACCAAUGCCGCGAUAGCACAAAGAUAAAAGGAAUCUUAUCAUUCCACCUCGAUAUCGAGCCGUACGUAGAUGUGUUAAUGUAAAGAUUUAAAAAUACAACAUGCGCGCCAUAAACAGUUUGACAUUUUAUUUUUUAAUUUUCAAAAUCGUUCUUGCUCAAGAGGAAGUGACAGAGGAAGUGCACAGAUUAAUAAAAGUGUGUGAAUAUUGUACGUGCAGUGAAAUACCAGAUGUUGAUGGUACUCAUUUGGUUUUAAAUAUUCAGUGUUCUGAAUUGGACAGAAUUGAAAAUCUUGCUGAUUUAGACAAAAUACAGUGGCCCGAUAAUCCGAAUGGAUUGAAAAUAGCGGCAGCAUUCGAAGGCUUGGGACUUUCCACUCUAGGCAAGUUACCGCCUAAUUCGCAAGUAGAAACUCUGAGAUUCAGUAACAAUGCCAUCAAGACAUACUGGCCGGACCCGUUCAGCGACGUCCCAAACUUGAAGAAAUUAUCUUUUAGCCAAAACGAACUAGCUGAGAUGACCCCUGACCUUUUCACCAAUAUCGAAAGCUUGGAGGAUUUAGAUCUAUCCUACAAUAAAUUAACAGACCUAAAUCCCUUAGAUUUUAAAUUUCUACAUAAUGUAAAAAGAUUGAAUUUGCAAAGCAAUCUUUUGAAGAAAAUUCCUGUUGAUGCGAUACAGCCAAUGGCUUUACUAGAGGACUUGGAUCUCAGCAAGAACGGCAUUUUUGACUUAUUGCUUAGAAGAAUUGAAAGUGAGCCACUUAGAAGAAUUACGAGAUUAAAUUUGAACGGAAAUAGAAUUCGAUCGGUUGUAAAAGAAUCAUUUCCAGAGAACAACAAUAUAGAGCUCCUGGAUUUAUCUAACAACAUAAUUGAGGUAGUCGAAGAGGAUUCCUUAUUGUCCUGCAUCAAUUUAAGAGAAUUGAAUCUUGCGCAGAACAACAUAACGUUUACUUUCGCUCUACCGCCGACGCUUCAAAUCGCCAUAUUGAAGAUAAACACUUUAUAUCACUGGCCAAAGUUUCCAAGCAAUAUCACCUAUAUUGAUUUAUCAUACAAUCGAUUGUCCGCUCUUUACGACGAAAGUAACGUCAACUUCAAUAACCUAGAGGUUCUCAGUAUAGGCGGAAACCAAAUAAAAGAUUUCAAUAUAGAAAAUAAAUUGCCCAAACUUUUUAGUCUUGAUAUAUCAUACAACCUAAUUACAGAUGUACCGAAAUGUUUGAGCAGCCAAAUAUUUCCCAAUUUAGAGGAGUUACGCUUAGAUGGCAACCCAAUAGAAAGUAUAUAUUUUAAAAACAUUUUGGCACUAAAGACUUUGUAUAUGAAUGAUCUAAAUAAAUUAUUUGUGGUUGAAGAUAAGGCUUUCAGCAACGUAAUUGGACGCAAUAAUGAAGAGUUAUCGCAGGAAAAUAAUUGUUUUACCCUAUUUUUAUCAAACUGUGCGUCUUUGCACAGUAUACAAGAAGGUGCCUUUGAUGGAACAUCUUUGUGCAUGUUAGACAUAAGCAAGAACAAUCUAACAAGUCUGUCCAAAACGUUACUCGACUGGCCAUCGUUGUCAGAGGGAGCCAACUUGCAGUUCAAUCCAUGGCACUGUUCUUGCGAGUUGCAGUGGCUGCUAGACGACCUACUGCCUCAAAUGUACCAAGCUAACUCGAGACUUCUGGCUGAACUAAGAUGCGGGUCCCCGCGCGCGUACUCGGGGCUGCGGCUCGUGCACUGGUACAACUGGACCGAGCAGGCCAUGUGCAACGACCUCUACAUGCGCGCCGGCCCGCACGGCACCUACGUGGUUGAGCCGUCAUCGGACCCAGGAUCAAAGGUCACCUCUCUCACGCUAAUCCUCGCUGGUUGCAUCCUUGUUGCGUUACUUAUCGCGAUCGCCUUAUUCAUUUACCUGGUGAAGAGUCGAAGAAGACAUAGAAUCAGGCAGGCUGCUUUGAACAGAAAGAGACAGAGCACGUCUGACGAGAAAAACACUAAUGGCUUACAAAGAGAACAGUUCACUGCGUUGAACAAAGCUUGAACAUGUGCCAUGUCUAUAGAUACCUUGUUGCCAAAUGAUUGAAGUUAAAAUACGUUUAAGAAACGUAAAGGUAUUAUCAUAGAUGGUUAUCACGUUAGUGGUAGAGUAAAGUUUUAAAAAUGUACAUUUAUUUUUAUCAAUGAGAAAAAAAAAUUAUCUUUACAUUUUUAAGUAAUGUAAUUUAAAUUAAUCUUGUAGGUACCUCUUUUAAAAAUUCUGUGGAUUAGUUUCUAAUUAGUUCGUUGGAAUAUUUUUAUAUUCACUUUAGCUGUUAGUUAUAACAGGACAGUGCUAGUCAAAUAUAUGUAUUGUAAAAUCUAUAUAUUGAAAAGUUAAUUAAUUGAUAUUUCGGAAACCUCCAUUAAUAUUACAAAUAUAUAAUAAGAUUUUUUUGAUAUUUGCGUGUUGCACGCACGAUCUAAAUUGGCCGGGCUGUAGUUAGUCACUAGUGACUGUGCAGAUAUAGUUUUUA